CACACCCACAAAAAAAAAUGGCUGCUUCCAUGGACAUGGCAAAUGUACAUUUUAAAUAGUGGCACUGGGAAACUUUGCGUCGCAGGAAUUUCGAAGCUUAUCCAGUGUCACGCUUGACAUCUUUCGACACCCUGGGUGUGUGGAAUUUGUUAAUUGGCCGUCGAGACGGUACUAUCGGCUGAGAAAGAAAGGGAAGUUUGAUUUGAAGUAGACAUGGCGGACAACUGGGCAAACUUCCCGAAUGCUGCGGCCGAGGCUGCAGCGGCGGCCGCGGCCCAGGCGCAAGUUCAGGGUGCAGCAGGAGGAGAGAUUGACGAUGACUGGGGUGACUUUGGGGGGUUUGAGGAGGCAGCACCACCCCCUCCAGAGCUUGGCCACCAGGUGCCUGGUCCAGGGGUAGAGGCCAGCCCUUCACCAUGGGCCUCCUUUGCUAUCGCUUCCGUUCAAAACCCAGCAGCUGGGCAACCAGACCUCCUAAUGGCCCAGACCCAGCCGCCCCUCCAGCCACAAAUUGACCCCCCUUUUGCCGACCCUGUACCCCAGAUGGUUGCUGCCGCACCCCCUGAACUGACGUCACAAGCAGAGGCUUCCAGACAGCAAGCUCAGGCACAGCAGGCUGUGGCCCCUUUGCAGAAUCAGUCUAUCAAUAAUAAUCUAGAUGAUGUUGAUGUUAACCUACAUGAUGGCUUGGCCGGAGUAGAGGGUGCUGUCGGGCCUCUCCCUGUUGAGAAUCACAACGCAGCGUCAUCAGCAGAGGGCGACCGUUUCCAGGACCCAGCAGACUCUCCAGCAGGUCAACGCCUUGUCCAACGCUCUUCAUCAUCGGUGGAAGUCUUCGCAGCAGAGAUGACAGGAAAAGUUGGAAGGUUGGAAGAUCGCCUGUCAGCCGCAGACAGAGAAAAAAGUCGCUUACAGAGGAUCAGAGAUGAACUGACCCAGAAACUAGAAGCCCUGGAACAAGAGGUUGAAGGUCACCGUCAAGAAACAGCCGAGCAGAAGCAACGCUACGAGCAAGUCCAAGCCAGGCAUGCUUUAGAAAUGGACGAGAUACGCAAGGCUGGGCAUGAUGCAUUGGCCAUCAUUGUUGAAGAGUACAAGGAAUUAUGCAAAUGUGCAGUCCUCCAGCAACAAGAGGCAAGUGAGAAACAACUGCAGGUGGCCAUCACCAAGGAAACGGAACGCUGUCAAGAAAUCCUCAAAAGUCAGCACGACAGAUUAGCAAAUGUUCUAGACGAGGAGAGACAGAAGAACGAGGACAGAUUAAAAGAAGCGUUGCAAGAACAACUAGAAACUCAGAAGACAAUGCUUCAGACGUGUUUACGAGAAGAGCAAGAUAAGAAUAAAUCGGAACUCAAAAAAGCAACUGAGGAAAUGCAAACUACUAAUCAGGAAGCACUCCAGAGGGCGCUAGAAGAGGAGAGGUCAAAGGGCAAGGAGAUGCUAGAAAUACAGAGAUCCGAGGCGGCAAGAUCACUGGAGGAAGAACAGAAGUGCCAUCGGGAAACGUUACAAACGGAGUUAGAGAGGGAACGACAAAACAGCAAAGUCGCGAUAAAAAAUGCACUUGAGGAAGAGAGAAAGCGCCACCUAGAGGCCAUCGAAGAAGCCUCUGUCAAUUCUAGGAAAGCAAUGGAAGAAUACAACGCAGAGCAAAAGAGGUUGGACUCCGUUUCGAGACAUCGUUCGUUUGCGAGUUUGGAUUUAUUCCUAGAAAGCGCCAGACAGCAGCUGAAAUCAUUAAUGGACGAUAAACCUGUAGAAAUGCCAAAAAGCUCUUCCUAAAAUUAAUCUUUUUAGAUUUGUGUGUGUUAAAUAUUUCAGUAAGUUGUCAAUGUAGAGAGGUGCGGCCAAUUUGUUUUUUCUUCUAUUCAUGUCAAUGUAACCAAACCCAAGUGUUGAUUUACUCGAUGGCCGUAGAUUCAGUGGGCCCUAGCCUCUGUGCUCCUACAGAAGUUUCCUUAUAGACUUCAAGAUUUGGCAACAGAGGUACCAGGCUUUGCAAAAUGCAAAUGGCCUUGCACGCAAUCAUCAUCAUCUUCCUUCGUCCGUGGACAGAAUAAUAGAAGUAGCAUUGAUGAAGUGGUGCCAGGUUGCUUUGUCCCUCAUGAGUUGUUGAGUCUCGUUUGGACCGAGAUAAGUGUCUCUGGUGAUGGUGUCUGCGUAGUUUAUUUUCCUCCUGCCGCGGUUUGGAUGUCCGCCAGGAGGAUUCCAGAAGACCAGGUGCGAUAUAGGUUGAUCAUAGGUACGUAAACAGUUCCCGGCAAAUAUGGAAAUAACAAAUAUUGUUCUUCAUCAAAGAGGCCAGAAACACUUGUUUGAAAAUGUGCAGCGUGGUUGGACUCAUUUGUGAAACGUUCAAAGCAAUUUUAUUUUAUCUUGAUUGCAUUACAAUAUUUUUAACAAAUGAAAGUGUAAAUGCCUUUGGUAUGUUCUAGACUGAGAUUUCAUGGCAUUAGAGAUUUUUCAACUUAAAUUUAGGCCUAUAUUAUGAAUAGAUACAUGUAGCAAUAAAAUUAGAGAAAAAAUGUGGUGUACAAAAAUAUCAAAUAUUUUUCAUUUAUGGGUAUAUUUAAAGGACCUUUAAGACAGUACAGUACAUCAUUGUUUUGGAAUAGCAUCUUUCUCUAGUUAAAGGCAGUGGACACUUGAUAAUAACUCAAAAUAAUUAUUAGCAUAAAGCCUUACUUUGUUACAAGU